CAAGAUGGUGUGGACGAUCGGCAGCAAAGGUCUGCUGGAGGGGCAUCUGUGGGCGCUGCCACGCGGCAACUACCGCCUGAGCCAGAUGUUGGGGAUCGGGACGCUUGCAGCAUCGGGGUGAGGCUGCCGGACGGCAGGAGGGUGCAGAGGCGCUUCAGCAGACAUCACACUCUCCAGGCCGUGUACGAUUACUGCUGGACGGAAAUGGACGCUGCGUUGAGGGAUCGUCCAUUUGGAUUGGCCCCCAUGAUGCCUGGAGGCCAGUUCUUGUCCGACUAUUCACAGUCGCUGCAGGACGCGGGGGUGGCCAAUUCGUUGCUCGUGCUGCGAUGGAGGGAUUGA